GUGAGUGUCUUCGUCGUUGCUAGGACGACCAAAGGGGCUGACCCUGGCCACGUGACAGAUAUAGGCUGUCCGCGCCGCUACUGCUGCUGUUGUAGUGGUGUGUGUGUGUGUUUGCAUGUGUGUCGGCUACCUCUCACACAGUUUGGCUGUGGUCGGCCCGAGCACACAGCAGAGCUUGACGUCUGGGGGAGAGGAAAACAGAGACAGGUAGCUUAGUUCGGGCAUGAAAGAUGGAGCUCUCGGCGGUGGGAGAUCGCGUUUUCGCCGCGGAAGCCAUACUGAAACGCCGAGUUCGUAAGGGACAACUUGAAUACCUGGUAAAAUGGAAAGGAUGGGCAAUGAAGCACAGCACUUGGGAGCCAGAGGAGAAUAUUCUGGAUGACAGGCUGAUAAUGGGCUUCGAGCAAAAGGAGCGGGAAAGAGAAUUACAUGGGCCGAAGAAACGGGGGCCAAAACCCAAAAACUUUGUCAUGAAGGCUCGUGCUCAGAAAGGAGGGACCAGCAGCCGAGCCUCAAACGGUCGCCAGACUAUAUCACACUCCUCUUCGUCCACUUCCAGCCGAGCAGCUCCUUCCUCCUCCUCCUCACCUCAUCAUUUGGCAUCUUCGUCCUCCUCUUCCUCAACUGUGGCACCCUCUCCUAAACUCAAUUCCCUUGCAGCCACCCACAAGCUGAAGAAAGACAUUCACCGUUGCCACCGGAUGUCCAGGCGCCCUCUGCCCCGCUCAGACCCCAUGGCGGCCCCCUUCUCCAACCCCGGUGGCUUCCCCUCCCGCCCGCACGUUUCUCCCUUCUCCGAGACCGUCCGCAUACUCAACCGUAGAGUCAAACCCCGGGAGGUCAAGAGGGGUCGGAUCAUCCUCAACCUGAAGGUCAUUGACAAGCCAGGUAGGGGUGGCACAGCUGCGGGCAGCAGGAAUAUUACAGCAGGACGCCAAAACAUCCCUUCUCGCAAUCGCAUCAUUGGGAAGAAGGGAGAGGCACCCUAUAGACCUUUCCAGCCUCCUCUGAAGAUGCUGGGGUUCCCGAUGUAUGGGAAGCCAUUUGGGCUGCAAUGUGGAGGCCCUGUGCCCUUUCACUCUCACCCAGGGUCAUGCUCCAGCACAGGGGCCAGGGACUCCCACUCCACUGCCUCCCAGUACCAGUCACCUCCUUCUCCUUCCAGCUCCAGCGGCUCUGAAGGAAAAUCUCCCACCAACGCCUCAGCUGCUCAGUCCCAGCCCUCCACCGGAGCCUCAUCUUCCAGCGAGGGUCCCAAGUCCAUUAAACCUCACACAGAGACCCAGAAGGGCCAUAGUGCCAAGCCGCCUGCUCCUGCCCCGUCCUCAGAUGCAGACCCUGAGGCGUCUGCAUCUCCCUUCCUCCCCUCCUCACCCUGUUCUUCUUUGGAAGACGAGGAGGAGGAGGAGGAACGUUUGGUGCCCCCAGAAGGAGGCAGGAAAAAUCCUCGCCAACUCAGGGCUAAACGCCAGCUGGCCGUCGACCCUUCUUCUGUCACCCCUGGGGACCAGAGCUCUGCCCCCACCGAUCCCCAAAGGGUGCCCGCCGAGGGAGAUCCUGACUGGCACCCUGAAAUGGCGCCAAGCUGCAAGGAUGUGGUGGUCACUGACGUCACCACUAACCUCGUCACUGUCACCAUAAAAGAGUUCCCCUCCCCUGCCUCCUGCCCUGCCUCGCCUUCCGCUAGCCCCGAAGACGCCUCCUCCCCUCCCCCCAGCACCACCUCUGACGACCCCUCUCCACCCAAGCAACGCACGGAGGAGAGCGGCUUAGCAACACCGAGACGGAGAGGGAGCAUCUCUGGUCCAGACAGCGCGGUGCCAUCAAUAUUACACACAGAGGACGGCAAGAGGAAAACAGCAGCGCCUCUGGCAAACAUCUUCUUCAUAAUGAAGUUCGCGGUGGUGCUUGUGGGAGCGGGCACACUGGCCUUUCUCGGCGCAGUCAUCUGCAUCAUCGCCAGUGUUUAUCCCCGGAAACGCGACGCGCCUCUCAGCGACAACGGCACCCUGACAUCGGAGACGCUGCUCCAGCCCCUGGAGCCCGGAUCGGUGGCCCAUGCCGGGCCGCUGGGCGCCCUGCACGGCGCCGAGACCUACGGUGGAGGGAACGGGCUCGGCGGCAUCGGCCUGGAGGUCCCUACUCUGAACGAGCUCAACCUCGGGGAGGAGACAGGCGGAGGGUCCGCGAAACAGUUCAGCUUCAGCCGGUUGAUCUGCACACCUGUACCGGUCGGAGAAUGCAAGACCAAAGAUCUGAGGCAGCGGCGGGAGCAGCAACAGCAGCAAGCGGACGACCCGCUGUACGGAGCCGGGGAUGAAGACUGGAAUUAUCUCCGGACCACCGCGGAGGAGCUCCGGCAGACGGUCCUGCAGCAGAACGAUCAGAUCCUCAUGGACCAUAGGACCAUCCGGGAGCUGACGGGGAAGCUGACUGAGUGUGAGAGCGGCCUGGAGGACGAGAGGAACGUCCCGGAGCGGAGCAUCGGGGUCUGGAGCGGCAACCGCCGCGUCAUGGCCGGGGAUGAUGUGAGCUCUUCCGCCGCGGCGCAGCUGCAGACGGCGCGGGCCGUGGAGGAGCUCGCCAGGGCCAUCAUGGAUCUGAAGGACCGCAUUGAGAAACUCGAGGCUGAGAUAGGCCCUGCUGCCUUGAACCUCACCGACAUACCCGUGGGUCCAAGUAGCAGCAGCAGCAACAGUGGCAGCAGCAGCGCGGCUGGGAAUACCGGCAAGGCUCCCGCGCCGCCCACUGGCAGUGCAUCCUCCCCACCUGCAGUGGCUCCCCCAGGAGGUCGGCGUCCUGCCUCCCCCGCUUCCUCUGCCCCCAAGCCCCCAUCUAAGGGCUCCCCCGGGCGCGGAAAGGGCACCUGGAGGGUGGAGGACCUGGAGGGGGAGCUGGAAAGGAAGAUAAAGAUGUUGGAGAAGGAGCGUCAGGCCAUGAGGAAGGAGACACAGGGCCAACACGAGAAGAUCAACCAGGGCAUCGACACUGUCAGCCACCGCGUCACUGAGCUGGAACACACGCUGACAGAGCCGUCGUUCCCUGAUGGCUUCAUCCUCUCCUUCCCCAUGCGAACCAACUACAUGUACGGCCUUGUGAGAAAAGAGAUAACUGAGAUGUAUGCCUUCACUGCCUGUGUCUGGCUGAAGGCCAAAGAAGGGGGCAUUGGGACCCCCUUCUCCUACUCAGUCCCGGGGCAGCCUAACGAGCUGGUUCUGCUACAGGGAGUCCACAACCCUGUGGAGCUGCUCAUCAAUGACAAGGUGGCGCAGCUGCCUCUGUCCCUACCGCAGGAUGAGUGGCAGCACAUCUGUGUUAGCUGGACCCUGAGGGACGGGGUGUGGAAGGCCUACCAGGGGGGAAAGAUGAAGGGGCGGGGAGAGGGACUGGCUGCCUGGCAUCCCAUCAAACCAGGAGGAGUCCUCAUACUGGGACAGGAGCAGGAUACAUUGGGUGGGCGUUUUGAUGCCUCCCAGGCCCUGGUCGGGGAGCUCUCCCAGUUCAACCUGUGGGAUCGGGUGUUGAAGCCGGCAGAGGUGGCCGCCCUGGCCGACUGCAACUCCUCUGCACUGGGCAACAUCGCCCCUUGGACCGACCACGACGUAGAUGUCUACGGUGGUGCCACCAAGGAGUCCCUAGACCCGUGCCACACUGCCCAGAGAUCCAACCCCUCCAGCCCCAAACAGUGAAGGGUGACUGGGAGAGGUCAGCCAAGGAUGGUUGUGUUUGAUAGGUCGAUUUAGGAGGUGUGUAACGAUGUAUCACAUUGGGGUUUACAGUAUAUUUGUUGGGGAUGGGAAGCUUGCUGGUGGACUGAAAUAUGUGAUGGAGCUAUUAAGCCGUUAAGAGCGGUGUAUCUGUUUUGUUUUUAGUGUUGGUGUCCACACUCAUGUGUUCUGCAGUGAGAUACAGUGAGUUUAGUCACAGAAUUGCCUUAGUGAAGGCUGCAUGGGUGGAUCAACUUCUGGCAUGAACGGGACUUUUAUGGAAGCAUUCCAUAAUAGAUAAAUUAUUGACUCUGGUUAAGUGUAUCACCCUCUGUUUUAGGUAAUAAUCUGUUUGGCCAGUCAGGCAGGGGGCUUGUAUGGGUUUGAAUACAGUUAUGGAAUGAACCUUUAAUUAUGCCAUAGAUAAGAGUUUCUUAAUUUUACAACAAAGUGACACAAAGCUCUAUCUUUCCUCAUCUUGUGUCCAGUUGGUUGUGUUUAAUGCUAAAACUGAACUCUGUGAUGCUAUCAUGAUUAUACUGAUUUCAACACUCAAUGGGAAACAAAAUGAGUUUUGUUCAUUUUUAACUGUAUAUGAUCCUGUUGAGUAUUGUCUUUGUACUUUUAAGUUUUCUACAUUGCAUACUGUACCAUGAUUUGGUAAAACAGUGGUCUUAUAAAUGUAUAAUGUGUAAUGUAUCUCUGGUAAUGUUGCUCUGUGCCAGUCUGCUCCCCCCUGCUGUAGCCUCUCACACCACUCACAGUCCUGCAAAGUUAAGUUGCAGCAUUUUCGUUUGCAACAUUUUCGUUUGCAACUUAGACAAAGCAGUGCUCUCAAUUGAUCUCUGAAAUAAACACUUGAUGUCUAUCUAAGCACCAUUCAGGCAGAAAUUGUGACAAACCUGGGUGAGUUUGGUAAAAUCGUGUUGUAUCCUUGAAUGUAAACCAGAUGGAAUGUAUGUGUAUUUGCAUGAGUCAAAUCACAUUUCCUCUCACAAAUGAAACAAACUCAAAAUUUACAGUGUUGGUUUCCCCAAACUACCCCACACUCUGAAGCACACAUAUGUCUCUUUGGUAAAUCAGAUCCUCACAGAAUACUCGACAGGGAGGGAGGUGUAGGAAUUGGAUUGAAUCUAUGGUGGCCAUUUUGUACUUAACAUCUGACUCUGUAUAGAGGAUCAGUACAAAAAGCUAGUUUUACUUUCAUUCUGUUAGCAAACUAAAGAACAAACAAGCUAAUUUGAGCAAAAAUAAAUAAAUAGAUCAAACAUGGGAUGCAUUUACACUGCAGCGUUAAUUUGCCUCCAAUCCCGAUGCCUUUUUUCUGUCAAGAUAUUCCCUGUUAUAAAAAAUGUAUGCUGCCAAUACUGCCACUAAUAACUUAAAUUUUCUUUAACUUCAAAAGACCCAUUGCUAUAUUUAUGUCAUGUGGGACUGAAGAUAAUAAAAGGAAAAAUUUCUUUGGUUAGUACUUGCUUGUUUACCAAAGGAGGACUGUAAUUUUACCCUCUGAAUGAAGAGUUGGUUAUGUGGUGGUAAAAAAUUAGUGAGCAUGAUCAAAAUAGCAUUAAAUUAGGAUUAUUGACAGUUUCCUUGAGUGAUAGACUUUUUCUGAAGCAGAAUUAAGAUGCAACGCUAUUGUUAUCCUGAGAAAAAAUGACAUAUGAUGUAUGCCUUCUUGAUUAGAGCACCUCAAAGUAGCCACAUUUUAAACCUGAGGAGCAUUCAUGUAGAACAAGGCACCCACCAGGGGUGAGGGUUUGAUUUCUACUUUGGCCAACUACACUAAACAUGUGUCCAGUCAACACUGUGCAGUAAAGUGAACUGUAGUUAAAAUAGUGCUUCUGUUCACUUUUUACCUCAAGACAUCAGCGCCACAUAUGAUUUGUAAAGUUGUAAAGUGCCUGCCUGGGCUCUCAUGCCCGAAAUAAUAGUGAAAUGUUUUUAUGUUUUCUUCUUCAUGGUGUCUUUCUUCUCCUUCUCUCUCUCCCCCUCCCCCCCUCUCUCUCUCUCUCUCUCGCUUUUGGUUGUUGAAGGCUGUGACAGUGUUGCGCUUAUCCUUAUUUGCAUCUUCAUGGAUCUUCUAUGAUAUUGUGAAAUAGAUGGAUAAAAAAAUACAAAUAAAAUGGUAAUGACAAUUUUCCUGGCCUCAUAGCUCAGAAAAUGUCAUCAAAGAAAUAUCUGGAA